AUGGCUGUAAUGUAAUAUUGAAAGGUAGCCACUAAAUCAGACAUACAUAUGAACUCGCCUUUAAUCACAGUAGCUCUGACUCGUGUAAUAUGCUGCAUAGCGUAUGAUUAUAAAAGUAUACAUGUGUUGCAAUGUAAGAAAAAUUUUGUAAAAAUAGUUUCGAUAAUUAUAAAUAAUAGUACAUCUAUAAUAGAAGAUCUGAUAAAAAAAGAAGAAAAAUUAUCAUGUUUUCGUUGCGACAAAUAUUUCAACGUGGAAUGCAACUGGCUCUCACGAGAGAACCUAUAAAUUUACAUCAGAUUCCAAUUUCAAAAGAAAAAUUUACUGUCAGUCCACACGACCAAAUUUUUAUUCGGAUGAAGACGAAUUUUAGCGAAUUACCGGAAGAGAACAAGGAAGAAGAUUCUACGAAACACAUUCUUGGCAAGAUCUGUGGGAAAUUAAAAGUGAUGUUUACAUGUAAAAAGUGUAAUUAUCGAAAUGGAAAAAUUAUAUCAAAACUAGCGUACGAAAAGGGACUAGUUAUAAUCCGCUGCGAUUGCUGCAAAAACAAUCAUUUAAUCGCCGACAAUCUUGGAUGGUUCGAAGAAUUAAAAAACAAGGGAAACAUUGAGAAACUUAUGGCGGAAAAAGGAGAGACUGUUCGAAAAAUUCAAAAUGAUGUUGAAGGAUAUAUUGAGGCUGUUGCCAAAGAGGAAUUUGAUUUGAUUCGACAUAAUAAAGAAAGAGAGCAACGUUUAAUUGAAGAACAAAAUAAAACACAGGAUCAAAAUAAAAAGAUUAAAUCCAUGGAAGAAUCGUAGAAAAAGUUGUCUAGGUUAGGUUUUUAUUAAUUUUUAUUUUGAUGAAAUAGCGAUGAAAAAAUAUUUCAACGAAUGUAAAUACGUCUAAAUUUAUUGUGGAAUAUGUAUUUUUUACUUUAUGUAUUCUUUAUACUAUGUUAAACUUAUAAUUAUGUAUUUAUAUGUAAAAAAAGAAUAUCUGAAGUUUGGUUGAUAUAGAAAGACAAAUAUUUUUUGAUUUUUUACGUUAUAAUCAUUAGAAAAAACAGUACCGUGCGUAUGCAUACUAUAUGUAAGUAAUACUUCUAAUAUAUACAGUUUGGUAAAAAAUUAUAUAAAAUUUGGUAAAAAAUAUAUUGAAUAAAAUUCCUCAGAUCUCAUAUAAAGUUUAUAAAGUUUAGAAGACUUGCCUUUUUAUUCAAUAUUUCAAAUGUGCAUGUAAAUAAGAACGUGUUUGUUAUAAGUUUAGUGGCAAUAAUUUUUAAUUUCAUUUAUAGAAAUGACAGAUCUUGGCACAUGCAGAAACUAUAUGGCAAGUUUUUAGUUGAGAAUAUAUCAAAUAUCAAUUAUGUACAUAUACAUAAUAUAUUUUGUUAUAAAAAUGUCUUUUUUAAAAAUAUGUGGAACAUAAUUAAAUCUUUUAUAAAUGUAUAUAUAAUACAUGUGUAUAUAUAUGUAUAAAAUAUAUAGUAUUAAAAACAAAAGGAAUGACUUAUUGCUUUUCCCUUAUAAUGCAUAUAUAAAUUCUAUAUUUCAAAAAAUUUCUAUUGUUAUAAACUUUAAAUAUCUCUGAAGGCACAACUUCUGUUGAACUUGCAACAGUAUUAUAAUAAGAGACUAUGAAUAAUUAAUUAACAUUAUUAAUAUUAGUAAUAUUAAAAAUCUCUAAGUACACCAAAUGAAUGGAAUGACAUGCAAAUUUAAUAUUAAAAUUUUGUUGGACUUUGUCAUUAAAUUAUAUUCUGUGAUAUAAGGCACUAUGUCUUUUUAUAGCAAUCAGUCAUUUGCAUUGAAUAUUUUCAGAAAUAUAAUAUCGAUAAACUAAUAUUUAAUAUUCCUACACAAUUGACAGUAAUAAAGGAGACUAGUGUUUCUUAAACUAACCUUUAUGCAGAACAACUGUCAUCUCACUUCUGCAUUUUUACAAUAAUAUUAUAAAGUAUUAACAUAUUUAACUUUUUCAUUAUUCAGCGCAAUAAAAAUGAACUUACCCUAGUCAUAUUGUAG